AUGUGCGGAAUCUUUGGUUAUGUUAACUUCAUGCUUCCAAAGAAGCGUGAAGAAAUCAUACAGAUCCUUCUGAAUGGAUUAAGACGAAUGGAAUACAGAGGGUAUGAUUCGGCAGGUCUUGCCGUUGAUGUUGGCAACGACUCCUUGAUGCCCACCGAUGGAAUUCGUGUCCUCAGAUGUCAAGGAAAGGUUGAUGACCUGGAGAACUACAUAAAAGGUAAGUUUUUAUCUAUUUUUAAGAGUUUUAGAUUGAUUUUGUGGGGCUUUUUGGGUUGGAAAUGUUGUCAUAGGUAUAUUUAGGGUAAAUUAUCUGUUUUCUGUUGUUUUUAAGGGUUUGAGCUACUAUAAUAUAGGAUAUGCUUUUAUAAUAUUGGGUAACAACGUGUAAUUUCUUUUAGAAGAUGGCAAGGAUAUGGACAUGGAACGUGUGUUCAACAUCCACGCCGGCAUUGCCCACACAAGAUGGGCGACCCAUGGCCAACCGACCGACCUGAACAGUCAUCCUCAGCGUUCGGACAAGGAUAACGGUAUUUUUUGUUGUGUAACAUGUUGUUUUUGUUUAAUAUUGUGUCUCUUUAUGCUCUUAAUGUACAAAAUUGAUGUUUUUAGCUUUCGUAUGUGUUCACAACGGCAUCAUCACUAACUACAGAGAGCUGAAGCAGUAUCUUACUGGCAAAGGCUACGCGUUUGAGAGCGAAACUGAUUCCGAAGUUGUUGUCAAAUUGGCCAAGUACGUGCACGACAAGUACCCUUCUUUGAGUUUCCGCCAGAUCGUUGAGAUCACUGUGAAUGAGCUAGUAAGUUUUUUUAAUUUAAGUUUACUGUUUUACAUGUUGCAAUAACGGAUAUGAGAACUGUUUAUGAGUAAGUUAAUGGAAAUUUUUGAAAUUUAGGUAUCAUUGUAAGUUAAAAUUUGAUUAAAGUGUUAUCUUUUAGGAAGGGGCUUUUGCUUUGGUCUUCAAGUCUCGUCUAUAUCCAGGCCAAGUUGUGGCCACAAGAAAAGGAUCUCCAUUGGUGGUUGGAAUCCGCUGUGAGAAAGAAGACCGACCAGUGACAUAUCAAGUGCAGUUGAGCAAGGGUAAGAUGUAUUUGAUGUAAUAUUGGAAGAGUUGAGUGGUGGGCUUUGGUAGUUAAAAUGGUACCUUUUUGUACUUUUAUGUCUGACUUUAUUGUUUUUUUUAUUGUUUGUGUUCCAGCUAAGACAGCUAGUUUUGAUGACACUUUUCGUAUGGAUCAGACUCCAAAUGGCACUCCACACUCUGGAAACAUCCGUUCUUCUGGUAUUAACAACGCCGAGUGCAGCUUUAAGUUUGAUCAACAAGUGGAAUAUUUCUUUGCUUCGGAUGCCAGGUAAGGGUUUUAUCAGUUGGUUUUAUAGGGUUUAGGUAAUGAUUUAUCGGUUCCUUACGAAUACUGUUUCAGUGCCAUUGUUGAACACACAAAACACGUGCUAUACCUAGAGGACGAUGACAUCGCUACUGUUAAAUGCGGCGACUUAGCUAUACAUCGAGUUCGUGGAACCGAAUACGCAAAACCAGAAGUUCGAUUCGUGGAAGAAUUACACAUGAAGAUGGACGAGAUCAUGAGAGGAGAGUUCAAGACUUUCAUGCAGAAGGAGAUCUUCGAGCAGCCUGAAAGUGUGGUGAACACGAUGAGGGGACGCGUUCAAUCCGAUGGUACUGUAUGUUUGGGUGGCGUAAAGGUGAGUUUUUUACUGUUAUAUCUGCUCGAUGUUUAACUUCUUCUUAAUCCGUUACUGAUUGUCUUGAUUUAUAGUGUAGAGUAGAAUCAGGAAGCUUUCUAGUAUUAAUUUUUUGAGCAAAUUGUUAGAUAGUAUACUUUCUCAUACUGUCAUUUUCAGAACAACCUUAAAUUCAUGGAUCGUAGCUGCCGUUUCAUAUUCAUUGCCUGCGGAACGUCUUACAAUUCUGCCGUAGCUGCCAGCCGGCUUUUGGAAGAGCUCUGUAAUGUGGCGAUUCAACUGGAGCUGGCGUCUGAUUUUAUGGACAGGAAUGUGGCUAUAAAGCGCUCAGAUGUAUGUAUAUUCGUAUCUCAAUCUGGCGAGACGGCAGACACGUUGGCGGCGUUAAAGUACUGUAAGGAGAAGGGCGCUUUCAUGGUUGGCAUCACGAACACGGUGGGAUCAGCCAUCAGCAGAGAAACGGACUGUGGAAUCCAUCUGAAUGCUGGACCAGAAAUCGGCGUAGCAUCCACCAAGGCCUACACUUCGCAGAUCCUCGCUAUGGUUAUGUUGUCUGUGUCUUUGGCUCAAUCUUGGGGAAUUGACACGGCAAAAACCAAGAAGAUCGUAAAGGAAUUGAACAAACUUCAGUGUAAGUUUUUGAUGGCUUUAGUGUUAUAAAUGUAACGAUAAGUAAAACGGACCUUGUGUAUUUUUAUAAUAGUAGUUUGAAUAUCAUUUUGUAGUGAAUUAUGUUGUUAACGUGAAUUCUUUAGCAUACGUCAAGAAGGUGCUGCUUACCGACCAUCAAGUAAUGGAGAUAGCAAAGACGAUAUACCGGGAGAAGUCGGUGUUGGUAAUGGGCCGAGGAUACAACUUUGCCACUUGCCUUGAGGGCGCUUUGAAGAUCAAAGAGCUGUCGUACAUGCAUUGCGAAGGGAUUUUAAGCGGAGAACUGAAGCACGGUCCCCUGGCAAUGGUCGAUGAAAAUCAAUGUAUUAUCAUGAUCAUCUGUUCCGACUCUGUGUAUAAAGUAAGUUGAUACGAUUAAAUUUAAAGAUUUUAGAUUAAUAUUAAAAGUAUAAAGCAAGCUUUGUUUCGAAAUGGUUUUUUUUGCAUUGGUAAACAUCGUAUAUCUUUAAAAAAUUCAAUUUGCCACUUUCAGAAGUCGCUUAACGCUCUUCAGCAAGUUUUGGCCCGUGGCGGACGACCUAUCGUGAUCGCCGACGAAGAAGUGGACGAAAAGGAGCUUCAAGGAGUGUCAGAAGUCAUCCGAGUGCCCAAGACUGUAGAAUGCCUCCAAACUAUCCUGACCGUGAUCCCGCUACAACUUAUGAGUUACCAUGUGGCUGAUCUCAACGGAUUUAAUGUUGAUCGCCCAAGAAACCUCGCUAAAUCUGUUACUGUAGAAUAA